GACGCUGAAUCUACGUUCAAGUACUAUGACGACAUUGUGAUGGGCAUCAAUUAUAAAGUUCAAGCUAAAGCUGAUGCAGGUCUCCUGAAUGUAACCAGUAUCGGCACUUUUGACAUGUUUGAAUAUGGUCAAGUUGGACUUAAAUGUGAACCAGGGACUAAAAUGGUGCAGAGAACAAUGGCAUGCGCUGGAUGUGGAACGGGCUACAUAUUCAACAACGAAACUGAAUCUUGCCAGGCGUGUCCUGUGGGGACAUAUCAGGACCAGGAAGUUGCUUUUUCAUGCACGCCUUGUCCUGUUGGUAAAACGACAAAGAACAAAGGCUCUACAGCUCUCAACCAAUGUCUUGAUUUAUGCACCGCUGGCUCUGUGUCACAGACUGGCAUUAAACCCUGUCAGCCAUGUCCUACCGGCACAUACCAGUCUGCUAUUGGUAUGACACUCUGCAACAAAUGUCCUUAUGGAACCUCGACGACAUUACCCGGACAAACGUCACAAGCCAACUGCAAGUUCUAUGAUGUUAAGCAAACAGAAAACAGCACAGGCCCAGUAAUCCAAAUCUUUGAUGCAGUACCAAAAAGAUUCUCAUUUAUGACCUGGAUAUCGGAUGUAACAAUUUCAUCACUAAACAUUGUAAAUAACAACACAGCCAAAUUCUCUCUAGACCAGUUUGUGGUCAACAUAGUUCCAGAAACUGUUGACUCUAACAGAACCCUAAGAAAAUGGAAUCAUGUGGCUCUGACAUACUCAAGCGGAAAUGCAACAGUGUACCUUAAUGGCCAGCAGAUCUAUUUUUCUACAGGCUUGAACUUCACAAAUCUAAACAAGAAGUCUCUGUACUUCAAAAAAUCUAAAGAUAUCCCCUAUAUUGUAACAAGCGGCAUACAGAUGACGACCACAUUUUACUCAGCCUCUCAAAUCAAAGAGUUUAGCCUCUCCUGUACCAAACAGGUUGACAAGCAUGUCUUAGCUCCGGACCCUUUUGGCAUAACAUUGAUGACACCAAGCUCCUGCAGUGACAACAACUUUUGCUCUGAUCGACCUUGCGGCCAAAAUGGCGUCUGUGUAGCCGGUAGCCAAAGGCUGACAUGCCUGUGUGACAGUCCUUGGUCAGGUGACAGGUGCCAGAAUGUCACAAAUUUCUGUGCUGACAACUUGUGUGCCAACGGGUCAUCUUGUAUCAGCAGGCCUGAGAAUAAAACCUACACUUGCGUCUGUUCACCUGGGUUCUACGGAGUCUUGUGUAACAAGAAAAUAGUAACGCGUCAACUUACAAGCUGGGGUGCGUGGAGCACCUGGUCAAAAUGUUCAGCCGCCUGUGGGUCAGGCGAGAGGACAAGAACCCGACAGUGUAACAGCCCCGGGACUGACGGGUGUCUAGGUGGUGGUACGGAAACAGAAGUGUGUAAGAGCGCGUGUCAAGACUGUCAGUGGAGUGAGUGGGUAACUUCUCCAUGUUCUGGGACCUGCGGAGACCAACAAGCUAUACGAACAAGAAACAUUUUGCAGGAUGCAGUGGGUGAUGGUAUGCCUUGCAGAGGACUGGUUCAAACAGUUGUUCAAUGUAAUCUCACAGCAUGUCCAGUGAACGGUAACUUUGGCGCGUGGUCAGAAUGGUCACAAUGCAGCGCUACCUGUGGAGGGGGCAGUUCCACCAGGAGACGGCUCUGUGAUAAUCCUCCACCAAGUAACGGCGGGGAGCAGUGUGACAGUUCACUGGCUGUUGAGAAAAUUGUGUGUAAUGCUAAAACUUGUCCUGAAUGUAAAUUGCCAGAACUGCGAACAUGGCACACUUCUCUGAACUGUUCAAAUUCUACAGAAGAUCAAAUGCUAGUCUGUAAUAUUGUCUGUGCUCCCGGUACUAUGGUUAUAGAUUUUGAGAACACCUUUACGUGUGGAGCAAUAACGAAUUACACCUGGUCUCAUCAGACUAUCGAUAAUCCUACUGGCUUACUUCCUGAUUGUACAGAAAUGAAAGUGCCUAUAGAAGUUGAGCCAACGCUUGUGACCACAUUUGCUGUGGAUUGCAAUAACAAAACACAAAAACAAGAAGUGCAAAACGUUAUAUCAGAAGAGUUUAGACUUCAUGGAUGUAUAGAGGAAAAUUAUUGCUCCUUUGAUAUAGACUCAGCCGCAAACUGCAGCAGUAGCAGGCGGAGAUCCAUCGGAACUUUAACAGUAACUAUAAAUUUGUCAUUGUCGAGAAGUGCUGAAAUUGACCCGACGAAAAAUUCCUCCCUUCCUGAAAAUGAUGCAGAGCACGAAAUAGAAAAGCUGAUAAAUUUAGAAAAUCUUCUUAACCAAUUGGUAAACAAAACGGAAGAUGGGUUAGUAUUGUCUCUUGGUCCAAAUUAUCCCAGUGGAAAUGUGGAAUCUGUUCAAACCAAAAUCGUUUGUCAAAAAGGAUCUGGAUAUUACAAUGGAUUUUGUGUGGACUGCCCAGCAGGAUCUUAUUCAGAUGGUAAUGGUUCUUGUGUACUUUGUGACAAAGGGUAUUUCCAAGAGCAGCCUAAAAUGAGUCAAUGCAAUAAAUGCCCAGGAGACACCACAACAUCAAGCAAAGGAUCCUAUUCCAUGGACCAAUGCACAAAUGAACCGGUUACUUUUCAGGAUAUUUACCCAAACUAUGUGCCCAGCAAUGAUCUAAAUACCAAGAAGGACAUUACUGUGAAUGUGAACGAUGAUCAUAUUGCUCUGAUAUCUGGACUGACUGUUGGUAUUGUAGUGGGUGUCGUUAUAGUUGCAGUUGUAAUGUUCAUCCUAAUAAGAAAACAUAAACGAAAUCAAACAUCUUUUGGUGGAUUCAACAAAGGCCAAGCUAACUUGAGAUUAGAUGACCUACAAACCAACUAACUUGAAAACAACUACAUUUUCUAUAACUCUCAUUACACGUGUAUUCGCUUGUGUAUACUUACUGCUUUAGUUUAUAUAGCAUUGGUAAAGGUUAUAUUUGUUUUACAUUUUUAAUGUGAAUACUGUUAUUAGAUGUUUUAAAUGUUAAAACCCACCUAUUUUCACGGCUUAGUAACAAAUUAAAUAU